GAAUGAAGAGUUAGAGUGACGGGAAAUUACUUAACUGGCUGGGCAGACAUGAACUUCAGUUUCGUUCUUUCCCUUCUUGAUUUCAGUUCUGGUGGCCUCUAUUGAUAUAUCAACAGUUGGUCUGUGAUGGCUUAUCGAGGAAAAAAGUCUUACUGCAAGGACCAUUUCUGGCCUGUCAUUCUCACCGUUUGGUUGACCUUACACGCUGUGUUGACUGUUAAGAUACUGCGUCUUUCAGUUCCACACUCAGUUCAAAACGGAACAGACCACGUUAUUUUAGAUUGCGAAUAUAACUACACAGUAAAUGAUCUUCGUCUUGUUGUUAAAUGGUUCUACAACAACAAUUUAGAGCCCAUCUACCAGUGGAUUCCUAAGCUGGAUUCUCGACACAUUUCUCAAAAGUUUAAGGGUAGGCUUGACCUUUCUUAUAAAGUCAAUUCACCUGAUCCCUACUUUUACUACCGAGCCCUCUACGUCCAGCAACCUACUUUGGAUAUAAGUGGUAAAUACACUUGUCAGGUGAUGUCUCUUGCUGGUCAUGAUCAACGGCAGCAGAAGAUGAUGGUGUAUUCUCAAGCGAAGUCAUUCUCUUUCUCUCAUACUGAAAUUUCUAGUUCAGAAAGAGAAAUCUCUUGUGAAGCAAUGGGGCUGUUCCCUCGACCGGAAAUGUCUAUCAAUAUUAUCCUCCCAAAGCACUCUAAACAGCCACUGUUACAGGAAUCAAAGAAAUACGUCAAUAUUACAAGGGAACUUUAUUCUAUUUGGCUCAGUGGAAGAUUUCAUGAAAAAGAUUUCCCAAAGGCAGAUAAGGUAGUCCUGGAAUGUGAAGUUUAUAUUCCAGAAACAGAUUACAAAAUGUCAAAAGAAAUAUCCUUUUACACAGGGCUUGCAACUGCAAAUAAAGCGACAUCAACGGUUUUGUUCUGGUUGUGCUACCUUAUUUGUGUUGGUGGCCUUACCUACAAUUCAUAACAUAUCAAGUUCCAGCGGAACAGCGUGUGUUUCAAAAGUGACGUAGAAAAAAACAAAACUUGAAAUAUGAUUGAUAGAGGGAGAUGGGAUGAUAAGCUGUAUGAUUGAUAGAGGAAGAUAGGAUGAUAAGCUGAAGAUUAUAUUGUUAUGUACUCUCAAUUUAAUAAGCUUUUUCUUGUACAAAAAGACUAGUCGCGCUUUCACGUUAGCUUUUUUCAUUCAACUUUGUUCAAUAAAAAAAUACAAAAAAAGCAGAAAAAAUAAAACCUUCAUGCUAUUUUGAGCUUUCGUCUCUUGCUUUAAACC